UGCGAGUCAAGCAUCGAGCCCAUGCUCAAUAACGACGACUUCCUGAAGCAACUUGGAAGCCUGUGCGGCGAUAUCGAAGAGCUCUAUAUUGAGCCGAAGUACAGCUACGGCCACGGUCUUCUCACGACAUUCGACCGACCUGCCCCUCUCCUACGUUCCCUGACAAUCGGGCGUGUGAGCAUGUAUCCUGAUGAACGGCUCCCGCAAAUGUUCGCAGGUAGCACGCCAAAGCUUGAACGCCUCACGCUUCGAGGAUACGUCCGGUGGCCUGACAACGCCUUUAGCGACCUCACGCAUUUGUGCUUGCACGACCAGUUUCAGCAUGCGCGGCCAUCAUUAGCAGAGUUCCUCGAUUUCCUGGAUGCCUCUCCAAGGCUGGAGCAGCUCGUGCUGGUCGAUGCCGGUCCUACGGUGUGGAAUGCACAGGACGCAGAGAUUGUCGGCGGCCGCGUGGUCUCCCUCCCUCGCCUGAAGUGUCUGGAUAUCGGAUACUGGGAUUCAGUACGCAGCGUUAUGGAGUUCCUCUCGCACAUGGAUAUAUCCGACAGCGCGGCUCUGAACGUCUGGUCGAGGUCGUGUACCGUUGGCAGCAGCGGUAACUUCCUCAAAUCAAUCCUCCCUCCUGACCUGCGGCGCCUGGGACCACUUCGGAGCCUUACGACAAUACGUGUCACCUCACGUACCCACAUGCAGGGCUUACCCGGAACGCGUGGCAUGGGCAAUGGCGAUGAGAAUAUACAUGUUCUCUCCGCCCACAACGGAACCUUGCAGUUGCUCGGCGACUUCAACGUGCCGGAGGCCUUCCCGACGAUACUAGAUAGAUUUGACCUCACGCAUAUGCAGACGCUCACGUUGUCCUCUGGCGAGGCGUUGCGCCUGUCGGAAUCACAGUGGAAGCGCGUGCUCUCGAGCGUCCCUCGUCUGCGGACGCUCACAGUGCUUCCUGCGACGUCGAGCCUUCUCCUCCCACUUCUGGACCACAGCGAGCAAGCUUCUCCUGCAGCGCAUCUGCUGUGUCCGGAGCUGGGAUCAAUUACCGUGAUGGAUGGCCGAGAGAGCACCAUACCACUGCUCGUGCGACUCGCCGCUCAGCGGCUCAGGCAGGGACGGCCCUUGCAGAAGUUGUGUGUAGUGGGCGACGCGAGAUCCGAGAUCGCUGCUCUCGAUGGGGAUGCACAGAUGCAGUUGUUGGGUUGCGUGACCGAAGUGGAGUAUAAAGAGAGAGUAGCAGAUGCUGUGCGGGCUGAGUCACCUCAAUGGCCAAGUGCUGCUUAUAUCUGGGCAAGAGGUGCAAGUCAGGUAAGCGUAUAGGUUGUUGGGCCCAUUCCUUUUAGCUCUGCGAUGUAUGCU